UAGUUAAUAGGAACUUCAUACCUGAAUCUCAAACGUAAUAAAAGUUACUCGUACAAUAAUCUUAAGCAUUUCCAAUUCCAUUUCUGGCGAAAAUCACGUUCCAGCAUUUCGUGAACGGACAAUGAGCGUGUCACCCCCUUAAAAGCAUCGAGCUCGUAGGUGCAGCAGCUACUCCAUGGCGCUCCUCGUGAGCCCGACGUGGAGCCAGAGCUGUACAUGGCCACAAAUAUAAACAUGAGUGGUUACAGUACCAUUAUGUCUGUCUGCCUGCUGCUAGUUUUGGCUGCCCCAUGUAACACACAACUGCAGCAGCAGCCGCGGCAGGGCUGCCUAGUACCUCCAUAUCCCUUGUGUUCACCCAUCUUGCUUUCCCGAGGAGCAGAAGGUGUACGAACGACGGCAAUAUGUGCCUUAUUCGAUCCUAGUUCGUUUUCUGUGUUCCCGUGAAGAGUUUUUCCUAUUUCUAACCUGCUAGAGUCCAACGUGCAGAGAUAGAACCGUGUUUUGGGGCGUUCAGCCCACCCGUUGUAAUGCGUAACCUGCCUCGCAGACGACCAUUAGGGCUGGGCACAGUGGGAAGAAAGUGGGAAACUCCCAAGAUGGAGGUCGUGAGUUAGGCCUAUCCUUUUUCGUUCCCAGUGAUCUCGGUGAGGCGCAAUGAUCAGCUGUUCAUCAGAGUCGUGCAAAUGUGUCCGUAUAGUGAGAAGUGGCGCGACGGGUGUCGCGCGGCCCGCGGGCUUGGACUGUGGGAAAAUCUAACUGUGCAGUCUAUCAUGAAGUCUGCUACCGUGAGAGCGGACUUGUUCAAGUGUGUCAAAUGACCCGCGAUCACCAGUAGCGGCUAGAGUUUCCCAGAGCGACGGCCAGACAUCUAGAACGAGCAAGGCCAUUCGUUCUCAUAUGGGAAGCGCGCGUUCGGGGAUAACCGCACCACGAUAUAGAUUAGAGAAAGGGCAAGCGUAGAUAGAGAGACAACGCCAUCAUUACACAGCUACUUGCCAUUAUCACGUCUAUUUUAUGAGAAGAAGUAUAUAGGCAAAACUACGAACAACGGCAGACAGUGACCAAGCGCAUGUUCUUACAGGUGGUCCGCUUAGCUGAAAUAUUGCUACAGAACGCCGCUACAACUACGACAUGGGUAAUUGUACGAUAGCUUACACAGUAACUCGACAACGGUGUGAUGUGGGACCAGGCUGGCGGUUACGCAGAUAAUCAACAAGGUUAAACAUUACCUUUGCUGUUCCGAAGCACGAGCGUUCUGUUGGGAUCUCAUACCUGCUUCAUUCUUCUCGUCGUCACAGCCACCGCUGCCGACUCUUAUCCCGUCCUCAACUAUCAAGGCUACGAUUCCGACGAAAUUGAGAUUGUUACUGCAUAUUGUCAUUAAUAAAUGUGCAAUAACGACUUUCACAUGGUCUUUUGAAAUUUCUGUCUGAAAACUUGAACAUGAAUAAGUUUUCGAAAUCGCAAUUCGAAAAAUACUUUGCCAUUUUAUCUCCGUGGUAAUACACUAGCAGGCAACCGACGGCGCCCACACGCCGUUGCCACCAGUUGAGAUUGCCUUGCUACCUACUCAGCUGAAGAUGUUCUUGAUUUGUGUUUUUUUAGUGCAAACUACUAUAGGCGGGGCAAUGGAUCUUUUACUGAAAAAUUUCUCGUCGAUGCAAAAGCUCAACAUGGACUUCUUGAGUCAAGCAAACCUUCUCCGCAGUUUGGCACCUCCACCACCUGAGCAGAGAGACUUUGAGAGGGUGCCGUCCCCGGGUCCCAGCUCACCACAGAAUCUCUCCUUAAACUCACCGGUGAGUUCCCGGGUAAACGUUUAUCAUUGUCCCGAGUGCACUUAUACGUCUAAUAAUCGAGCAAACGUGCAGAGGCACGUAAACACGCGGCACCAGAUCCCUGAGAAACUAUGGCCAUGCAGAUACUGUACGUAUCGAACUCAUCGCAAGGAUCAUUUAAAGUCACAUGAGAAGCGUCAUGAGAAGAACAUGGACCUUACUGGGGAGCCUGGAGUAACGCAGGUCAUCGAAUUCGAUUAAAGUGCCUACAUACAACCGCCCUCGUUCUUUCCCAAAAGGAAAAACCGAGGUAUCUCUUGAUGACGCUUCAUAAUGACUAUGCCACAUAUUGGCCGACCAGAAAAACCUCAUCAGCUGUGUUCACGAUAAACUGUGUUCCAACAAGAAAUCUCUUAUUAGAAAUACGGAUAGUUAUUGACAAUUUACAGAAAGACGCAUACACACAUUAACAUAACGGCAGGCAAUCAUGAAGCUUGCCACACAACGAAAAAAAAUACUGCGUACAGAAGAUUAUUUAGAUAUAUAUAUACAUAUAUAUAUAUAUAUUUAUAUAUAUAGUAGCGAGGUGUUAUAAAAAUAUGAAAUGGACCAUUGUCUGAAAACUGAAUGAUAUUGAUAAUUCCGAUGAUGACAUACUCUAAGUGGGCCCCUUAUCUAUGGUUUAGAAUGCGGGGUUUCUGUAUAGUGCAAUUCCGAGUACGUGGCAAGCAAGGAACAUACCGGGAAUAACAAUAAUAUAACACUGCUUACAAAUUGUGUUUAUGUCAGAAGUUAGGAUUUUUACUCCACUUUGUAUGAUGAGAAUAAAAACCACGUGUACGGCGCCAGGCACCGGUUAGAGUUUGGAGUGCGAACUGUGGAAAGACGGCUUCACCGAAGUACUUCUGUAUUUAGUAUAUUCGUUCUAGAAACGGACCAGCAAUAGACGAAAUAAGAAGAAGCAAUGGCAGCCUCUUACGCGCUUCAUUGUCCAGUGUUGACUUAGCCUCUUUUUAGGCAUGGUAUUACUAGUUUAUUUUAGAAAAGUACUACAAGGAGUAUUACGAUCAUUAUUAUUAUUAUUAUGCAGAA